GCAACGCCGCCCAGUCAGUUCGGCCGGACAUAACCGCACAUUGUGUCAAACCAGUUGGGGAAAAAUCGAUUUAAAUCGAUAAAAACGGGGGCCAGGGCGCCGGGGCAGGGCCGGAUCGAUCGGGGCGCGCCGCGCGCCGGCAACGUUGCAAGCCGCCGCCCAGCCGCCAUGCCCGCAAAAUCUUAAUCCUAAUCAGUUGUUGGGGGGCAUCCGAAAUGGUCAUCCAGCAUCACGUGAGCGGCUACGAAGCCUUCGGGCAGCUGAUGGGGGGCCUGAAGGCCCCCUUUUUGGCCCAUGUGUACUUCACCGGCAGCAAGGAGCCCACGGGGGAGAGCUGGUGCCCCGACUGCAAUCAGGCCUGGCCAGUGGUGGAGCAGGAGCUGGACAAGCUGCCGGCCGACUCGCAUUUCGUCGUGGUGGAAGUUGGGGAUCGAGCCACGUGGAAGGACCCGAGCUGCGCCUUCCGCAAGGACCCGCAGACGCGGCUGCUGGUGAUCCCCACGCUGAAGCGCUGGGGCGCGCCCCAGACGCUCGAAGGGGCGCAGUGCGAGAAGCCCGAGCUGGUCUCCAUGCUGUUCACGCACAGCGACGACGAUUAACUGUCCAGCAGAGAAUUACAGCAAUAUAAUCAGUUAAACUAA